AUGGCGUGGUACUCUAUCUUACCAUCGGAGCUUACCCACCUCGAGAGCUGGGCGGCUCGGAUCUUUUUCUUCCUCGGUCUCAUCACCAUUGGCCCCUGGGCUUUCCUCGUAUUCCUCGACGCAAGCAUCUGGAUAUAUCGACUGAUCCUUUGGGAAGUCCCCUGGAUUGGUGGACGAGCACGUGGUCGACAGCGCCCUCGCGCGCCGAGCCUGAAUGAACGUCCGAGCGGGCAACGGAGGGCAUUUGGACUGCGCGGCGUGGAGACGGAUACCGGUGACAGCCAGGGGGGAGAUCGAGAUGCUUCUCCAUUGCCGAAAAGGGAGAGAGAUCGUGAUGACCCUGGGAAGGAGAACGUGAGCCCUGUUGUCCAAAUAUCGAAUCCACAUUUGAAAGCUCCAUACAAACUAAACAUUGAUGCACCAUGGCCUAUUAUCCCCAGAAAUCUGCUCUAUGUUCUUAUCGUGGGCUUGUGUGCUGCGAUGUGGAGGAUUCGACAAUAUCGCAAGGCUAAUUCAUACGGGCAAACGAAGACAACUUAUUCGGAUAAUAAGACAUCACCAAUCAUACCUCUGGAAGGAUUCAAUUGGGAGGAGACCGAGCAGUUACAAUAUCGGCCAUUCAAAGGAAAAGACAAAUAUAACUUGACCAUGGCACUUGAGAACCUCGACCCAUCAGAGCUCCUCCCGAUGGACAAAACCUACCAGGACCGACUCGCUCUCCGCAAGUCCAUACUCGAGCAGCACCAUGAUGUCGUGGUAGCAAUCAACAACGAUCAAACACCAGAGGAAGACCCUCGCAUCCGCCCCGCCAUUAGCGAACUAUACAAUUUCGUGCUAGGAACAUACCUACCAACCCGAUACCCGAGCAUGUUCAAGCUAAACGCCGAAAGCUCGAUCUUCCAAAACCUGGUAACAGGCACAACAUGGCCAACAACCCUGUCACCAAGGACGCCAGCAAUCCAGGCCCUGGAAAUCCUGUCCCAGACAGUAGACGAUGAUUUCCUGAUCCUGCUCCCCGAGCCCUCAUCCGAUAGCGAGGAACAACCGAAAUAUGUACUACAGGCAUUUGUAACCUGCUUUCCGGCUGGCUUCAACACGCGCAAGAAACUCGGGUUGCGUUUAGUAGAUAUUCAUAUACCGGUCCCGCGUUAUCGGGAAAAGAUGGAGCGCAGCAUGGACAGAUUCUUUGGACGCCUUCAGGUUGGGAAGUUUUGGAACACAUGCUGUGGCGGGGGAAAAGAGGAGGCUAUUGAGCCCGGGGAAUUGAAUGUUGAUCAGACUGUUCUCCGAUGUGAGCGUCAGACACUGCAUCGGCUGCCGGUGUCCGAGGCUCUUGUCUUUACCAUUCAUACUUACACGUAUCCGGUUAAGCAGAUUAAGGAUGAGGGCUGUGGUGAGGACCUGGCGAAUGCGAUCGAUGGCUUGAAGAGGGGGAAUGUGCCAGAAAUGCAUGCUUAUAAGAAGGGAGAUGUGUGGGGGGAAGCAUUGAAGGACUUCCUAAGGUCCUAG